AAUCAUUUUGCGACUGUGAGAAAUAUUUCUGUGAGUAUGAACUGUAUCUUUAAAAUGUAUUCAGAGAAUCAACAUAUUUUCUUAUCCUUAUUGAUUUGUCUAUGUGCCACGUAUAACUUUACCAUUCUUUCAUAUGCCUUCACAAUGUGAAAUAACAAAAAAACAUGUCUGGAUUGUAAAAAUGUGGAUUUUGAAACAAUCACAAAAUUCUUGUUGUUCAUGUUUUAUAACGUACUGUGUUUUUAACGACAGCCACCUGUAAAAGUGUCACCAUGGUGGAUGUGGUAACCCUCUUGUGCUGGUUUGCCAGGCAUCCCCUCAUCAGUAAAGGCGGAGUCUUUUCAAAAGCAUCCGAAAAGACUGACGCAGUCAAAAUCGGCAGCCAGCCUCAAGGGGACGCGACGCAUGCAGGGAGAGUCUUUUGUUAUGAUUAAUUAUUCCCACUCCACUUAGGGUUCGAAUUCAUUUAAUCUGCAGGAGCUGCUGGUGUGUAAGAGCAAUUAAAGCACAGUUCAGGUGUCUCCUACAUUAUGUGUAGCCCUCAGCUCAAUGAGGAUGCUUCACUAUAUUUGCAGCUUGGUACCAUUAGACACCACAUGUACAGUCAUCAAACACUAUAAAAACUAAGUACAAAACAACACCAUAUCAGUUGGAAGAUCAGGACUAAAUAGAGUGAAGCUGACAACUUCCUAUUUCUAAACACAAUUACCACAUCCUACUUGCCAAGGGCUGCAAAGAAGAAACAGAGCUGAAGCCUUGAAUCGUCUCUAUAUACACUACCUUCAAUGUUAUGGAAUUACCCCCUUGAGAUGAGGGGUCCAAUAUACCAAUACAAUAAACACAGCAUGUUAAACAAACAAAUAUCUCCCCAUAAUAGUCACCCCACCCACCCCUACCCGUCAGAGGUAAACAACAAGAAUAUGCCCAUUUAACACAGAACUGCAUGCAUGAGUUAGAACAGAAAUACAGUAUAUACACAUAGGUCAUACAUGAACCUUCAGUAAACAUUCAUAUAACAUAAAUGGUUGACAGCUGAUUUCUUAGAUGCAGCAUAUAAAUGGUUAUGUACAUGGUAAUGUACAUGCAGGCAUGAACAAUUCAUAUACUGUAUUACAAACAAUACAUAAGAAAAUCAAGAACAACAAAAAGAAGAUGCAGUUGUUAAAAGGUGCAAGCACAGAGUCAAUUGGACAAAAUUGAGUAAUUUACGUUUGAAACCCAUUUCAGAAGCUUAUGGGCACAGACACAAGGAUGCUUGAUUCUUUCUUAGAGGACAGGAGCAGAUACAGUGUGGAUUUACAUAACUUCGAGUUACAAGCUUCUACAGGCAAAAACACAACUAUGUUCGUCACCUUAAGAACAUCAUACCUACAACAAAGCAUGGUGGUGGCAGUAUCAUGCUUUGGGGCUGUUUUUAUUCACCUGUUACAAAUACCAAUCAAUGUUGGCACAAAUCAUUCAAAAACAAAUGCCAGGAAAACUAGAAUAGCUUAACUUUGUUUGGGGUUAAUCACAGGCACUUCAAAUGAUGGCAGGUGUGUGCUGAUUCCCAUUUAACAUGAGUUUGAAUGUGAUUGGUGAAUUCUGAACCCAGCCACAUCCCCAGGUAUAAGAGGGUGUGUACACUUGUGCAAGCGGAUUAUCUCAGUUGUUUGUUUUAACUUCCUCUUUCGAAAAGGCUUCUGAGAUGAUGGCUCUGCUUCUGAGUACAGGCAACAUUUUCAGGUCACAUUUUUAAUUUACUAAAUAGCCAUACAAGUGUGAAAAUAAGUUAACAUAGCAUGACACUAAGUGUUACUGGAAUCAAACAAUACAAAACAGUCACGGUUGGUCCUCAUACACUCCCCUUUUACCUAAUUCUGAAAGUGUGAAAAGAAGUUAAGCAAUGUAAAAGGUAAAAACAAAAUACUUUAAUUGAAUGAGUAUGAUCAACAACAUAUUUUAAGGCAUCUAACUCUGACAAUUGACAACAAUACAGUUUAGCAAAAAAUACAGUUUAGCAAACCCUGUGGUAAGAUUCAUUGCUUUGAUCUCAUCAGAGUCUGUGAGGGUUUAAAAUGCUCAGAAAAAAGGCCUUGUUGGAGCUCCAGCGGCACCAUAACAAGGCUUUUGGACUAGACUAAGGCCGACUGUCAAUCCUCUUACAAUGCGCCUCAGUGAAAGUGGAUUAGCGAGUAACACCUACAUUUUGGCCCACAGUCACUUUGGCAGAUUGGAUUGAAUGAGUCUGGGACUGACACCGUCCUCAUUAUAUAAAAACAAACAAAACAAAAAAAUACAUUUCUAUUAGUAUUGUGGGCUGUUUUUUUUGUGUGUUUUUUUUUCAACUGAGACUGGAAUACAUAUUUUUUGAAACCUUUCUUCCAGCAUGAGUGCAGAGGAGCACACUUGUUUGUUGUCAUAUUCGCCACAUAAACACAGCGGGUGGCUGCAGGGGGUAAGUAGCUCUCCAGGGUGCUGAAGUUUUCUCCAAACGGCUCCCCGGUUUCCCCAUCUCCCCCACUUGGCUGCCUGGCGAUCCAAGCGCGAUGAUUCGGCUCCCCGGUCGCUCAAGACAAACAGGUAAGAUUGCGAGGGUGGUGAGGCGAUGCCUGGACUUCGGAGCUGUCCUGAUGACUUAGUAAAAGUAAAGAUAACACUCCUGCAGUGAAGCUAAAACUACCUCAAAUUCACAGCCAGGACAAUGCUACAUUUUCGACCUUUAUGGGAGUCCAACCAUCCAUUUGUGCCUAUCAUUAAAAGCAGGCAUAUUUUACUGGCGCCGCCUUUUUAUAACUUUCUCGUAUGGGCUCUCCUCGGAUUGUUGACGUUCCCUUGCUGUGUCCGCUGUUUGGUAUUCAAAGUGGGCGUCCUGGGGCCUUGGAACUGCGACCCAAUCUUCUACAGGACGCUGCCUGCCGCCGCCGCAAGGCUCGCUGUAAGCAGGAUAAACGGAGACCUCAGUUUAAACUUGGGCCUGGAGAUGGACUUUGUCAUCCUGCAGGAGCCUUGUGAAACUUCCAAAGCUCUGACAGAAUUCAUAUACUACAAGAAUAUGGCGGAUGCCUUUGUGGGCCCCACUAAUCCCGGAUACUGUACGGCAGCGUCACUGCUGACAAAGAACUGGGACAAGGCCAUCUUCUCCCACAGUUGUGUCAAUUUUGAGCUGGACCGAAUCACUGGAUACCCGACUUUUACAAGGACGGUGCCGUUUCCCUCCGAUGUGCUUUUCAUGGUGUUGAAGCACUUCCAGUGGGCUAACAUCGUGGUGGUCUCCUCCAGUGAAGACAUCUGGAUGGACACGGCGGAGAGAGUGGCUGCUGCCAUGAGGAAAAAGGGACUUCCCGUCGCCUUGGUUACGUCCGUGGGCAUCAACGAGACCCAAGUUGAGAGUACGCUGAGGAAGAUCCAAGACGCAGGAGAGAUAAGAGUCAUCGUCAUGUGCAUGCACUCCGUGUUGCUCGGAGGAGAGCACCAGGCCACUUUCCUUGUCAAGGCCCAGCAAAUGGGUCUGACUUCCGGCAAGUACGUUUUCGUGCCCUAUGACACCAUGCACUACAGUUUGCCCUACAACGCGCCCUACUUCCCCCUGCAAAACAACAGCAGGCUGAGUGAGGCCUAUGACGCCGUGUUAACAAUCACCCUAGUCUCAGACCCCGUGUCCUUCAACGAGGCGUACGCGGCAGCGAAAGAGAGCGGGGAAGUUACGCUGAGUGCGGCUGCGCAGCAGGUUAAUCCACUAUUCGGUACCAUUUAUAACAGCAUCUAUUUCCUGGCCAAGUCCAUCCACAAGACCAGGAGAGCUGGCAUGCAUCUGUCAGGCUCAAACCUGGCCUACUUCACCAAGAACAUAACCUUCAGUGGCUUCAACCAGAAGGUCCAGGUGGACAACAGUGGUGAAAUCCAAACCAGCUACAUCAUCCUGGACACCAGCAACGCCGGCAGCCAGCUGUACCCGACUUUUGUGGUGGACCUCACAUCCGGGCGGCUUCGGUUUGCUGGGCGGUCCAUUCAUUUUCCAGGAGGGUCUCCUCCACCUUCUGAUUCCAGCUGCUGGUUUGUUGAGAGUGCUCUCUGCACAGGAGGUGUGGAGGUAACCUACAUCAUAGUGGUGUUUUCAGUCAUCUUGGCUUUGGCUGUAACAGGGCUCAUCAUCAGUCUAUAUAUCAGGAGGAGACUCCAACAAAUCCAGCUGGUCAAAGGUCCAAAUCGGAUUCUGUUGACUUUUGAGGAUCUUACUUUCAUCAACCCUCAGAUUAGCAAUAAGAAAAUAACUUUGGAGGACAUGAGUGAGUCCAAAAGUGCUCUGGAGGAGAAAUCUGCUGACCGUUCACAUUCAGUGAACAGCAUGCACACAGUGACUCACGAGACCACCAACGUUGCCAUUUUUGAGGGUGACUGGGUGUGGCUAAAGAAAUUUGAGGAUGGCCAGUUUAAGGAGGUGAAGCAGAGCAGCACAAAGAUUUUUACCAAGAUGAAGGACUUGAGAAAUGAGAACGUAAAUCCCUUCCUGGGCUUCUUCACGGAAUGCUCUAUGUUUGCGGUGGUGACGGAGCAUUGCUCCAGGGGGAGUCUGCAGGACCUGCUUAGGAACGAGGACGUCAAAUUAGACUGGAUGUUCAAGUCCUCGCUUGUGCUUGACCUCAUCAAGGGUAUGAAAUAUCUCCACCAUAGGGAUUUUCCACAUGGCCGGCUGAAAUCUCGAAACUGCGUGGUGGAUGGUCGCUUUGUGCUCAAGAUCACCGACUAUGGCUUUAACGAUCUACUAGAGUCUCAGAAAGCCCCUGUAGAACAACCUCCACCUGAAGACCUUUUUUGGACUGCUCCGGAAUUCCUGAGGGAUCUCACAAGUUCCCGGAAAGGCACCUACAAGGGGGACGUGUACAGUUUUUCUAUUAUCCUGCAAGAGGUAGUGGUCCGAGGACCACCAUACUGCAUGCUGGGCCUGCCACACGAAGAGAUCAUUCGAAAGGUUAAGAAGCCCCCUCCAAUGUGUCGGCCCACGGUGGCUCCCGACCAGGCUCCUCUGGAAUGUAUCCAGCUGAUGAAGCAGUGUUGGAGUGAGCUUCCGGACCGAAGACCCAAUUUCGAUGAGAUUUUUGACAGGUUCAAGAUCAUCAACAAGGGUAAGAAGACUAACAUCAUUGACUCCAUGUUGAGGAUGUUGGAGCAGUACAGCUCCAAUCUGGAGGACCUCAUCCGAGAGCGAACGGAGGAGUUGGAGGUGGAGAAGCACAGGACAGAGAAACUACUCUCCGAAAUGCUGCCACCUUCUGUGGCCGAGGCGUUGAAAACAGGUGCCACAGUGGAGCCGGAGUACUUCGACCAGGUGACCAUCUAUUUCAGUGACAUUGUGGGUUUCACCACGAUUUCGUCGCUCAGUGACCCCAUCGAGGUGGUCGACCUUCUCAAUGACCUCUACACGCUGUUUGAUGCUGUGCUCUGCAACCAUGAUGUCUACAAGGUGGAGACCAUUGGUGAUGCUUACAUGGUGGCAUCAGGCUUACCAAAGAAAAAUGGCAACAAGCAUGCCGCUGAGGUCGCCAACAUGUCUCUAAACAUCCUCAGCUCAGUGGGAACUUUCAGGAUGCGCCACAUGCCCGACGUUCCUGUCAGGAUACGGAUCGGGAUCCACUCAGGGCCCUGCGUCGCUGGGGUGGUGGGGCUGACCAUGCCACGCUACUGCCUGUUUGGAGACACCGUCAACACUGCCUCAAGAAUGGAAUCCACCGGGCUGCCUUAUAGAAUCCACGUAAACCUGAGCACUGUGAACAUACUUCGAUCUCUCAAAGAAGGUUAUAAAAUAGAAGUCAGGGGCAAGACGGAGCUGAAGGGGAAAGGUAUUGAAGAGACGUACUGGCUCGUAGGAAAGUCUGACUUUGCAAAGCCUUUGCCAAAACCACCAGAGAUUAAACCAGGGGUCAACUGGCAGGAGAUGGUGACAGAUGAGAUCAAGACUCUUUUCCGCAAGGCCAAUAGGCCAGUGGACAAGCAAAAAAUGAGCGGAAAAGAAGGAAAGAUGUGAAAGGAAUGAAGCCAUAUAACAGAUUCCUUCUGGGAAAAAGGAGAGGCAGGCGGAGGACAUAAAAGCGGCAGCCAGCCUCUCUCCCGGUGGUUUAAUGCGGACUCCUUUAAGAGGAUAGUCCAUCGACUGGCUAAUCUACCUGCAGCCGACACAGCAGAACACGAUGGUGCUAAUGUAAUGAGACUCGUCCCAUGACCUGCCUGUCUAACCCGCUGCCAGUAGACCAGGGACGAAUCUUCAGUCAAAGAUGCAUCCAAUCAUUUCCUUGAUGAACUCACUGGCCACUGAGUGGUCGCCGAAACGAGGAAAGACUCACCCAUCCAAAGAGGGGAUGCCCAUUUCAAAAUAAUAUCUAUCUUGUCUGUGUUAGGUUUGACAUGAAUGCUCAUAAUAGGGGAAUUAGCUGGCUGCACAUUGUACAUUGGUAACCCCUAAAGAUGGAGAUAAAAGCUACCUAUAUUGAAUAUUAGAAAUGGACACAAACACUUUGCUUGGAUUGCAUGAUGAUGCUACAGAAGUCAUUUUAAAAAUGUAAGCAUUAAUAGCAGAAAAAAAUAACUAAUAAAAAUAUCCAAAAUAUAAA